GUUGUCAAUUUACAUACAGGAAGUAAAGAAAAUUUGUUAGUGCAAAGAGCGAUGAAGCGAAGGCAAAGAAAGCCGGUGCUGAAUAUCAACGGCGAUAGCGUCGCCGACUCGCACAGGCGAAGAUGGCCCAACGAGCGGCAGACGCAAAAUGGAUUGCCGAGUAACAACCCGUUGACAAAUCUCGUGGGACACUACAACUCGGACAGCGAAGCCGAGGAGGACAACAGACCGAGAGCACGUGUGUUGAACGAUAAAGUCGACGAUUUUUUCAAGGAGAUACAGUCCAUAUCUCACGACGGUUUGAAGAACAGAAACAUGUCUCAUCCUGGCUCUUACUGGCAAGAGUGUUUCGACGAGCAGACUGGGUAUCCGUACUAUUGGCAUACAGAGACCAACCAGGUCACCUGGGAAAUACCGGCGGAGCUGAAAGCACUACACGAAAAGAACGAGAAGGAAACUCCUGCUUCACCUCAUGCUUCUCACAUUCCGCAGUGGCCUAAUGCUCCACCGAGUAAAUAUCCGCAAUCUUCGCAGAGCAAUAUUCCAGAGGGCAUGAUACCUAAGGACGUGGUAGUUAGAAACAGAAAUAGGCAAGCUGGCAUUGUCAACAAGCCGGCCAAAUCGCCCAAAACAGACUGUUUUAAAGUACCUUUCAGCAAAGAUGACUCUUUUGAUGACGGUAAAAUCGAAAUGAUAACGUCAUUUGGUAAUGACGAAAGCGAAUCCGAAGAAGAGAGCGAGCAAGAAGAGCCACAGAAGCAAAAAUCUUGUCUUAAAAAAUCGUUAACAAAACCUGGAAAAUCAUCGUCACAUAGUUCAGAGUCGAAAGAACCCAGGGCACUGAUGGGACCUGCACCGCCUCCAGUAGCUCCAUUAAAUUACGGACCGCAGAAUAAAGAAAAAUUGAGUGAUCGAUUAUCUCAGAAUGUUCCGCGAACCAAAACACAAAAGAAAGCCGACAUCAAAGACGAUGACGAUAUACUCCAGAGGCUAAAGAGCCAAGCAAAGCUCUUGCAAACCUGUGAAAACGACGAAAAGUCAAACUCGUCGAGGGAAGAUCGUAGUCACACGCCACCAAAACCGCCCACGUCAGAUUUAACCGACAAAUCUAAAAAAAGGAUAAAACUGUCUCUUGUACCAGGUUACGAAGAUGACUCCGAGGGCGAAGACGAAUCCAGUAGCAGUCGUAAAUCAGCUAAGCCUCUGUUUCCAAUAUCUGAACAGUUGCCGCCAACGGAUAGUCAGAGUGACGGCAUUGCCAAAAAGAUCGAUACCAAUGUUGGUUCACUCAGGGUAUAUGACUACAGGAGUACAGAUUCGACGCAGUCCGAGCCCAAGAUUGAGAACGCCAGUACGGAUAGUCAAAGUAAUGUCGAGGAAAAACCAGAGGAGGGUCUAGAGUCGAAAGCUAACAAGUUUUUAGAUAGCAUUGAUGUCCCAUCUAAGGCUUUUCAGAGAAAAAAACGGAUCGCUUUUGACGUUGCUCCAACCAAAAGUAAAGAGCCAGAGGCCAAAGAAGAGCCUAGUUCCAGCGGUCCAGUACAAGUGAGCUCGACAGACCCCUCGGAACGUCGUGGUUUUGGGUUUUCAAAGGACGAAAACAGAAAUUCGCCUGAAGCCGAGAGUGGCAAGACAGAGUCGGAUGCAGUGCCGGCGAGCAAAAAGCCGGGCAUAGCCUUUGUAAAAAGUACGGAAGAGAGCACCAGUGGUAACAAUGUUAGCAAUGGUAGUGACAAUGGUGCUAACAGUACUAGUAAGCCGAAAGAAAGCAGUGAAGCAGAGAAAACCGAGGUGAAGCAGUUGACCGAACCCAUAAUGGAGAAGCUGAGGUUCCUGUCCGAAGGAAGUUCACCAGCAUCCGCUGUUCAAAUCAUGGCUAUUCAAAUACAGACGUUGAUGUGCGCCUGGGAAGCCGGUGUACUGCAGGAGGCGUAUCUGCGCAACUGGCUAGUGGGAACGGCCAGCGAGCUCACGAGGCUUGAACAAACAGCCGCACCACCCGGAUGGGAGUGUCAGUGGGAUAGGUAUGGUAUCCUACAGCAAUGCUUUAUAAAACGAUCAGCUCAUUUACCUAUGUACCACCGAGACUCGCUCCGUCUUGUCUCGGUUUUCACGUGAUUAUUGAAUUACCUGUUCUCUCGACACGUUUGCCAAAACACACGUGGUUCUCGACAAAAAUUUUUAUCUAGUCAUCUAGGUUUUUGUAAUUAACUUGAUUUUAUUUCGUACCUUUUCGUUAUUAUCGCUCAUCCUUUUUCUUAUCUCCACUUCUUUAUCAACUGUUUUUUCUUUUACUGCUUUUUUUUUGUCCUAUGCGUUGUUUAAUUGCGACUGGAAAAAAUGUAUGUAGUAAUUUGUUGAAUGUGAGUAACUGUGCAUUGGUGACGUUUCAAUUAAUCCAUCGGUAAGCUUAUUUAUUUAAAUUGCGUAUUGUCUUGUUCGUAACGCGUAAAUAGUUGCAGAGUUUUAUUUUUACUGUUAUUGUUAGCUGUAAUUUUGUUUUAAAAAUAUUCUAGUCAACUUAAAAUGUAUCAAGCACAGCGCAUGCACGCUUAUUCACGAUUUUAAACAAAUUAUAUCAUCUGUUUUUUCCAUUACGGAGAAAUAAACCAGUUUCCAAUGUGGAAACGAAAAAUCAAUUUUUUAUCAAUAUCACCGCAAGUCAGAGAAAUAGCUGGACUAUUAUUAUCAUCAAACGAAGCCAGGGAUCUGUCAACUCGACUUUUAAAAACAAGUGUAUGUACAGCAGCUUUUUUUCCUACUGUAAAAUAAUAAUAGACAAAAAAGUGCGAGCGAGUGUGACUUUUGUUUGAAGUACUUACGAAUGUACAUUCAACACAGGAUAAAUAGAAAUGAAGUCAGCUUAAAACCGCAAAGUAAGUGCGUUCCUUUUUUUCGAGAUUUAUAAUUUAUCUUGGCUGUUAUAGGUAUAACGACGCGCGGAAGCUGGUUUUUGUAGUGUUUAACAGUUAAGUGGGGAAAACAAGUGUUAAAUAUUUUUGUAGUACCACUUUUUUCGAAUUAACAAUAAGCUUUUAUUACGUUAUCAUCUUAAAUUUUAAGGAAAUUCAUAAGGAAGUCGUAAUAAUUAACUUCAAGAGACUUUUCUACUCCUGUAUUAAAAUCUCAUUAUGUUACGUGAGUACAAAAUUAAUCAAAUUCAUCAAUAUCAUUGGAUGAUCUAAAUAUAUUUUUAUCCAUGAUUCCAUUCAACUCUAAUCCAUUGCUGAACAUUGUUAAUUUUAAGACCAGAAAUUACAUAAUUAUGAGUUUCCCUAAAACCCUUACCUUGAAAACCAACUUUUUAAACAAAAGCUUCUAAAUGACCCAUGAACAAAUAAUUUUAAUUAUAUUCUACCCAUCAGGAAAUUCUAUACAAUCAAUUGAAAAUAAGCAUUUCAUAUAAAACUUUAAAAUAUCAGAUUUUUAAAUUUAUUUUUAAGGAUCAUGUCACCUUCAGAAACAGCACAAAAUGAGCCUACUGCUCAACGGUUGCAUUAUUAAUUUUACAUUUUUAUUUUUCAUGCUCUAAACACGAAAACAAAAGUACAACAUCAAAUUUUAAAUUUAAUUCAUUAGUCGCUGAUGUCAUGAGUUCAAAAUUGAAAGUUCUUUGUGAUGUCAUUAAAAUCGGCUUUGGUAAGCGAUGAUUUUUAUCGUUAUCCCCGCAAAGUAUCAUCAUUGUGCUAUUUUAAUGCAUUACAAGUUGUCGCUUAACGUUGAAAAAUACUGACCGGCAGAACGUAAAAUUCGAAUAGAAAAAACUUAAUGAUAAUCAUAUUUAAUUGAUUUAAAUAAAUAAUCAAACAAUCGUAACACAAGCAGCGAAUAUUAAAAUAGUUCGUUGUUUGUAAUGCCGAAUGAUACUAUCAGUUGAAAGAAACAAAGUCUCAAUUUUCGGGAUAUUUUCACUUAAAUAUUCUGAUUUUAAAUUUAGUAGGGCAUAAAACCUAUAAAUCAAGGCUAUAUCACUGUGUCCAUGAGAUACGUAUUUUGCAGCUUUUAUGAAUUUUCCGCAACUCAUUGCUUCUGACGAUUUUCGGGCUAUCGGUUCAUCGGGCCAUGAAUUGGAUUUGCACCAAUGAUUUGGAUAUUGAAUUCUUUAUCUGUUUCGUAACAGAAAGGUUUUGUGUGUGUGCACGAAAUAACCCCUGUUAUUCAGUUAGGGUGCCUUUUUUAAUCUCCCACCCUUCUAAUAACCGAUAAAAAUUAGUCAUAUACUAAAAAAAAACUCAUACUUGGUCACCACAUACUUGGUGUAUUUGCAUAAGUAAAUAUUGCACAAUUAGAAUAAAAUUUUCCGUAAUCUUCUUGGGGGCUUUGGGCAUGUAUCAUGAAUAUAUGCACAGGUGGACGUGUUUAAAGUUUAUUCACAACCAUGCAAUGUUUCGUGGUAAACGCCACCUCGUUAUGCAAAAAAAAAUGCAAAUUCGCAAACAAACCAAGUAUACAUAUAUAAUCCACUCAUUGAAGUAAUCACUUUGUCACAAAUUUCAACUCUCGAAGGAUGAAACAUUAAUUAAAUAUUUUUUCUCGCGUAGUUGAUUAUUGCAGUCGCAAGUAAAGAUAGGCAUUGACUUUGAUUUUUUGUUCCAUCCACUUACCAUAAUUAUAUUAUACUCUCACGGAUGUUGAUGAAAAUGUCAUUGCCUCUUGUAGGAAGUCCUGGAUGUUUUCCUUGCCACUUUUGGUGACGAGAAUAACGUGAUCAUGUCUCUGUAAAAUGGAAAACGUUGUGAAUCAAGUUAACCAACUAAUUGUUUAAAAAAUUAAUAUAAUUAUACGCUCUUGACGUGUACCGUGUCAUUUUUAGUUAGAUUACCGGUACACAAUUCACAUAAAAUUAUUCUCAUGAGAUCUUACUCCUCUUCCGGCGUGUCAAAUUUUUAAAAUCCCCCGGCAGAAAUUUUCAUCUAAAAAAUUACAAUUAAAUAUAUUGAAUCAAAAAAGCUUAAAUUGAGUCAGGUAAAGUGAAAUGGCGUUAAAUACUGUGCUACCAAUACCAAACACCCACAGGUAAAGGGCUACUAAUAUUUUAUCUAUUGUUCAAAAUAAUAAGUUAUGAGGCUUGUCUGUGAAUAAUUAAUUUCGUCUAAUGCACUCGAAUGGAGGGAGGAAAAAUAUAGGUGAUUAUCACUGUCAGGAUACAGUACAAUUUACG